GUUCCGAGUUUCAGACAACAAAGUGUUUUUUACAGUAUACAAAUUUAAAAAAAAAUGGUACUCCACAAAUUUGAAAAUAUGUUUGCUGUUGUUAUAUUUGUUUUAAUAUGUGCACAUGCUGUUCAUCCUUCGACAGUGAUAUCCGGGCAUGCCUUAACAAAGCGAUCAGAUACGGAUCAUGCAGCUGCAGGAGCUGCUGUAGCCGGAGAUACAAUAGCAGCUACCGGUGGUAUUAUAGCCGCAGGAUCACUCUCGGCAGGUCCAUUUGCACCAAUAGUGGCAGGAGUUGGAGGUGUAACUUCUGCCGUUGGAGGUUUGGUAUCAGUAAUUUCGAGAGCAGCCGAUCAGUCAUGCCGUGAAUUUGGUUGUCACAAAAACUACUGUUGGUCAUAUUGCAGCUUGGGAAAUCAAUGGUGCUAUACAACCAAAUCUUAUUCUCAAAGUUUUGAAUAUGUUAGUUGUACAAGGGAUGACGAAUGCAAUGGAUGCUGGAAAUGUGCUGGUUCGUGCACGUUGUGAAAAAGUUAACAAGGACUUUGUGUGUUUUCAAACCUUAAAAAAUCUUAUCUUAAUAACCUUUCCAUCGUAUAUUAUGUAUACAGUAUACCAUGUCGUCAAUAAUAAAUAUAUUAUGAUAUUA